GCGCGGAGACCAUGCGGCGGGGAUGGGAGUGUGCCUAGCCUCGAGCGGGGAGAGCCUGCCGCCCCGCAGCCAGCCGCCGGCCCCUCCGCCCCAGAACCCCAGUCCUGUCGUGGAGCUCCGGGCGGCUCGGCCCCGAGGCGCUGCGGCCGCACGGUGCGCCCCCGCCAGCCCGCACCAUGAACACCAUCGUCUUCAACAAGCUCAGUGGCGCUGUGCUUUUCGAGGAGCGAGGCGCUCAGGAGCGGGAGAGGGGCGGCCGGCCCUUCGGCGGCGGCAGUGUCCUGGACAGUCCCCUCGGCCGCCCCGAGGUGGGCCUCCCCGACGGCCCGCUCCUCAAGGACAACCUCGGCCUGCGACACCGACGGACCGGAUCCCGGCAGAACGGCGGCAAGGUGAGGCACAAGCGCCAGGCCCUGCAGGACAUGGCGCGACCCCUCAAGCAGUGGCUUUACAAGCACCGUGACAACCCGUACCCCACCAAGACGGAGAAGAUACUCCUGGCCCUUGGCUCGCAGAUGACGCUGGUACAGGUGUCCAACUGGUUUGCAAAUGCGAGGCGGCGGCUGAAGAACACCGUGCGGCAACCAGAUCUGAGCUGGGCUUUAAGAAUCAAGCUGUACAACAAGUAUGUGCAAGGCAACGCCGAGCGGCUCAGCGUGAGCAGUGAUGAUUCGUGUUCUGAAGAUGGAGAAAAUCCUCCAGGAGACCACAUGAACGAAGGGGCCUAUCCUGCUCCAGGUCAUCACACUGUGACCAAAAGUGAGAGCUCAGCUGUCCAAGCUGGGGUGAGGCCGGAGUCACGGGCCAGCGAGGACUACGUGUCACCCCCGAAGUACAAGAGCAGCUUGUUGAACCGUUACCUCAACGACUCUUUGAGACAUGUCAUGGCCACAAACACCGCCAGGGUGGGGAAAACAAGGCAGAGAAACCAUUCGGGAUCUUUUAGCUCUAAUGAAUUCGAGGAAGAGUUGGUGUCUCCAUCGUCAUCAUCAGAGACGGAGGGCAACUUUGUCUAUCGCACAGACACACCAGAAAAUGGAUCCAAUAAGGGUGACAGCGCAGCCAACAGGACGCGACCCAACAAGGACGACACGUACUGGAAGGAGAUCAGCGCAGCCAUGGCCCUGACAAACCUGGCCCAGGGGAAAGACAGCACGCAGGGGACUGCCAGCUGCAUCAUCCAGAAGUCAUCACACAUCGCGGAGGUCAAGACCGUGCGAGUCCCGCUGGGACCUGUGCUGCCGUUCUGAGGGCCUCGGCCCCUGUGGUCUGGCCGUCUUCAUCCUGAACAGCCCAGUGACUCUCUGCAAAACCUCUUGUUGUUUUUCAUUUCCUAAAUAUAUCGUUUAGUUGCUUCUGUAAAAGACAUAUAAGUUAUAAAAAAAAAAACCCUCUCAUUUUAAUUGAAAGUAUUAAUUUAUGUUACUCAAACUAUGCAUAAAACGUCUGUGCUACCGUUCCAGUAAGUGCCUUGCUGCCUCAUCCCAGAUGCCAACUGCGUAUGCUUUUAGUCUGUGUGCGUCAGCCCAGACAGACCUAGCACUGUCAAGAGUGCCGAAAACCCUUGGGAUAUCCAGGACAGCUUGGAAAUCUGGGCAGCCCAUAUGAAACGCCCCUCCUGGAAGACUUCCACGCUGUUGAGACAUGCUCCUCCACAUGCCUUGCUGAGUGACAGGGAGAAUUUGAUGCAUGUAUGGGGCCCAUGAUUCUGACAGGUUGCAGAUUUCCGAAAUGACAGUUACGUGGUGUGUGCCUCUCUGAGAAGUGAUGCCUUCAGCUGAAUGUAUAACGGCACAGGGGGCCUUGUGACCACAGUGUGCUGUGGAAUUAAUUUGGAGUUUUCACUUUCUCAAGUUUAGCUGAAGUUUUUGAAAAAACAAAAACAAAAGAAAGCCAAACGUUUUCAUUGUAAAACCAAACAUGAGAGUUUAAUUUUUAACCCUGUAAUCUUGUUUGCAUUAGAGUUCUGUGGGUUUUUGUUUUUG